UGUCCCUGCGGUAAUCAUAAAUGGUUAGUCAAUCCGUUUUUGUUUUUAUAUUAUUAUUGUUUAAAUAAUUUUUUAUAAUUAUCUCAUCUUAAGUUUCUUAUUCCAAUUACGCUGUGUUCCAGUGUACAUAGUAUCCAUGUGAUGAAACCUCGGCAAAAGCUCGACUAAACGGAUAGCGUCGUCCCCUCCCUACAUUCCGACGGUUACCCCGUCUUCGGAUUACUAUGUAUUUCAGAUUAAUUAAAGCAAUAUAUUAUUAAUUAGAAAUGGAAGAUAAAUUAAAAAUGUCUAAAACAUCAGUUGAUAAAUCUGAAGAAAUGGACUUGGAUGAUCAAUGUUCAGAUGAAGAUAUUGAUAAUGGUGUGACAUUAUUAGAGGAAGAUGAUGAUGAUGAUGAUGAUGAUGAUGACGAUGAAGAUGAUGAUGAUAAUGAGGAUAUGGAUGAUGAUCCUGAUUAUCAAGAGGAAGAUUCUCGAGUUUCUGCUGGAGCAGCUUCAAUUAAUGUUGAAGAAAAUACUUCUAAUAUAACUCCAAUGGAAAUUCAUGUUAAAACUGAAAGUAACUUUGAAGAAACAUCAUUAUGUUCAUCAGUAGGAAAUACAACAUCUCUGACAACUUAUUCAAAUCCUUCAUUGCAAAUGAAAAAAUUAAAUUUAAAAAUUAAGCGAUGGAGAAGGGAAGAUACUGAAGGCAAAUCUCCAUCAGUCUCUCGAGUUGAAGAAAUUAUAACUCCAAUUUCUGGAGCUGAUCCUAUUGUAGAUGAUAGGUGUUUAUUGUAUCAAGAAAAUUGGCCAGGAAAAGUAUGUGCAUUCUGUAAUUUAGGCGAGCGUAGUCAACUUGGACAAGGCACAUUUUUAAGACUUGAAUGGGAUAAAAAUUUUAAAUUAAGUCUUGAAGAAUUUACAAAACAGUUGGUUACAAAGCAAUUAACACCAAUGCCAUUACAGUCUCCAACUGCUGAAAUGGCACCUACUGUUCAUUAUCGGAGACAAAAAUCUGCUGCUAAAAUUAAGCAGCAACAAUUUUCUACUAGCAGUUUUGAACCAGUUGAUGAACUUAGUGUUGUUGGUCAUUUAGAUGUACCAGAUAUAAAUUCAUUAUUUGAGCAAUCUGAGUCAGUCGGUGGCUAUAUGUAUGUGCAUCAGUUCUGCGCUACUUGGACUCAAGGAGUUAAGUGUGAAACAUCUGAUUCUUUAGAAAAUGUUCCUGAACUUGUAUUAGAAAGUUUGAUGCGGCGUUGUUCUUAUUGUGGUCACUUAGGUGCAAGUGCUCCUUGUACCUAUACAAAUUGUUUAAAAUUCUUUCAUUAUCCAUGUAUUUUUGCUUCUGCUUCAUUCCAAGAAAUGUCUGUUCCUGCAUUAAUAUGUAGUUCUCACCUUGAUCAUGUUCCACUAAUGGAAUUAUCAGCUAAUGUUGCUUGUGGUAUUUGCUCAACACUUGGAGAUGUUUCAAAUCUUAUGAUGUGUACAGUUUGUGGUAAUCAUUUUCAUGGAGUCUGUAUAGGAUUAGCUUUAUAUCCAGGAGUGAGAGCUGGAUGGCAAUGUGGUAACUGUCGAACUUGUCAAGUGUGUCGACAACCAGCUGAACAGACUAAAGUGAUGUUAUGUGAAGGUUGUGAUAAAGCUUAUCACCCAGGAUGUCUUAGACCUCAAGUAACAACCAUUCCUAAAAUUGGAUGGAAGUGUAAAUGUUGUCGAAUAUGUACAGACUGUGGAUCUCGUACACCAGGUGCUGGGCUAUCUUCUCGAUGGCAUGCUCACUACACAGUAUGUGAUUCUUGUUAUCAACAACGAAAUAAAGGAUCAUCGUGUCCAUUAUGUCAUAGAGCUUAUAGAGCUGCUGCUCAUCGAGAAAUGGUACAAUGUAUAGCAUGUAGAAAAUACAUUCAUGGAGCAUGUGAUCCAGAAGCUGAAUAUAUAACAAGUCAUAGUAAAAAUUCAGCUUCUGAUUAUAUGUGUCCACUAUGUAAAAAUGCUGUUCAAAGACGUCGUGAUGGCUUUGAUGAGUAUGGUGAUUCAAAUAGUUCUAUGGAUGUAUUUCAGUUAGCUGAUGAACAAGAUUCUGAAUUUAAAAGCAGUAAAGACUUUGAGGAUAAUCGUGUUAGUGGUUAUGGUUUGGGUAAAGGAAAGCCAUAUGCUGCCAGUAAAAUUGCUAAAAAGCGAUUAUUGCUCUCUGCUUAUUCAAGUCGCGCUAAGGGCUUAGGAAAAUUGAAUGCUGCACUUAAACCGAUUUAUCAAAAGAAAGGACAGCGUCUAGCUGAUUUUCCUAGAAAAAGACCUCGUGGAAGGAUGCGGGGUAUUUUUGGUGUCCCAGGCCUUGGAUUACAAAGACCUCUGUCAGAUUUAAGCUCAAAAUGCUCACCCAAUGAGAUAGAUCCUAAUAAUGAAAAUAGAAUUGUUUUGUGUUCUGCUAAAGAUAAGUUUGUACUAGGUCAAGAUAUAUGUGUGAUGUGUGGGUCACUUGGGACUGAUCAAGAAGCUUGUCUUAUUUCAUGUUCUCAGUGUGGUCAAUGCUAUCAUCCAUUUUGUGUCAAUGUUAAAAUUACUAAAGUUAUUUUACAAAAAGGAUGGAGGUGUUUAGAUUGUACAAUAUGUGAAGGAUGUGGACAAAGAAAUGAUGAAUCUAGACUCAUACUUUGUGAUGAAUGUGACAUAUCAUAUCAUAUAUAUUGCACUGAACCUAAACUUGAUUAUGUGCCAAGAGGUACUUGGAAAUGCAAAUGGUGUUCUCAGUGUUUAACUUGUGGUUCAAAUGAUCCUGGUAUAAAUUGUAUUUGGCUAAAUAAUUAUACAGAGUGUGGGCCAUGUGCUUCUCGAAGCACUUGUCCUUCAUGUCAAGAAACUUAUUUAGACAAUCAGUUGAUCAUUAAGUGCUAUCAAUGUGAUAGAUGGCUUCAUGGAAAAUGUGAUAAAAUUGAAAAUGAAGAAGAUGCAGAAAAAUGUGCUGAAGAUAGUUAUAUAUGUUUGUUAUGUCGUCCAAGGGGUUCUGUUCCUCCACAUUUAAAUAAAAACUUAAGUCUAAAGACAAAAUUAAAAGCAUCAUCCCGAGAAAAUAGCCCUGAUUGUUUAAGGGGAAUAGCAAAUGAACAUUACAUGGAUGGUAUUUAUUUAUCUGAAUGUGGAGUCCAGCACAUGAAGCAUCUUAACAGUGGAAUAGAAGUGUGUCAUCAACGUAAAAAAAGAAAAGACUGGAAAAAAGCACAAUCUGAAAAAGAAGCUGCUAUUAUGGCAGCUAUAGAAUCAGUUGUGUGCAGUAGUCGAGAUACAAUUAAUGAUUCAGCUAUUCAACCAGACGAUGCUUAUAAAAUGGAUUUUGAUGAUAUGAAAGAAGAAUUAACAGAACCAGAACCUGUUUACAAAGAAGGCAUGGAAAUUCAACCACGUGAAGAUGGACGUCCACCUGAACCACCUGAAGGAUUUAGUAUUGUAACUUUAGAAUCAGGCGUGAUGGUUUUGCGUCGUAAAAGAGUGCGAAAUCUUCAAAAAUUAGGAAUUGGUGGAUUUGUUGUUAGAGGGCGAAUGCCUAGAUCUAAGGAUAAAGAUGAAGAAAAUACCCAAGAAGGUGAUGGUGAAGAAAACAAACCCCGAAGAAAGCCCAAUCGUUGGAAGAAACCCAAAAGUAAAAUUGCUGAAAAUUACCCAAAUUAUAUACAAGAUGCAUUCUUUGGUAGAGACUUGUUAGAUGCCUGCAGUGUUGCUGCCCAAAUAUUAGACAGUAGUGAGUCUGAAGAAAUAAAUGAAAAUGAGGACGAUAUUAAAACAAUAGAAUUAUCUCAGGCUGAAUUGAAAAUUAUGGAAGAUAUAAAAGCUAAACAAAUAACUAAAGAAGUUUCAAAAAAAUGUUCUGAAAUCAAAGUGGAAGAAGUUGAGCGUAUUGUUCAAACAAAAGUUGUUGACAAAAAGUCAGAUAUAGUAAAUUCUAAUGAUCAAGAUGCAUUAAAGGAUAUUUUGCUAUCAGAUAACUUGUUAGAUUCAAUAAUGAAUGAACGGAAUAGUAAUAUUAAAACUGAAAUGGAGGUUGUAGAAGAAUCUAAUAUGAAUGAGAUGAAUUCUUCUGCACAGAAAGAUGAGUUCAGUGAGAUUUUAGGUUCUCAUUUUAAUUUAGAUUCAAUGGUCAGAGAGACUGGUUUACCUAAUAUGGAUAGUAAAGACGUUGAAGAAAUUUUUAAAGUUGUUUUAACGGAUGAUGCAUCUCAAGAAGCUCAAGAUCCUAAUAAUUCAAAUAUGUUAAUAAUGAAUAAUAACAAUGUGAAUCCAAUAAAUCAUGGCCAAAAUGGUGUUGUGUUAACUCAGAAUCAAAGUCAUCCUCCAAUUAUGUCUCCAUCACGUACAGGUCUACCAACUAAUAUUUCUCGUGGAAAAGUACCAGCUCCUGCCUUACCUCCUGUUGUUACUAAUAUAUCAUCUUCUCCUAUUUAUACAACAGGGAUGUCUCCUUAUCAUUCUGAAUACAGCAAUAGUCCAUCUCAAUUUAGUCCCGCCUUUUCUGAACCACACAGCCCUUGGAUUCAAAAUAGUGGUGGUGAAGAUAGCUUAGAAGGUAUAGGAUCUCAGUCCACAGCCUUAAAUAACAAUCAAAGAAAUUCUCAAAAGAUGGAAGCUGAUGAAACACUAGGUCACAAAGCUUCAAUAUCUGCUGUGUUGUAUGCAAAUCUUACUCACCCGGAAUGGAAAAAAGAAUUUCCAUCUUGGCCAGAAAGAUCAAGACAGAUUCUUAAAAAAUGGAGAACAUUGUCUCCUGAACAAAAAGCUCCAUUUUUACUUAAAGCUCGAGAAAACCGAACUAAUCUUAGACAGAAAAAAGCACAACAGAUAAUGAAGGAUGACAAUACCAGUAGUGACAAUCGGACCAGUUCAACAUCCAGUGCAACUCAGAGUCCAACAAUUAACAACGGAGAGGUGUGUCCCAAUAAAGAACUGUUACAACCUGCCAUACUAAUAGCCUCUGGUGAUGGUCAUACUAACUCACAAGCUUCUCCUCAGCAAUCUGAAUCUGAACCUGAGCCUAAUCCAUCUCAGCAAACAUUUCCUACAACAAUACCUUCACAUCCUUCUACUAUACAAUAUAUACCAGUUUUACCGAAUCCUCCAUCACCUAAUCCUGUUAAUUUACGUACCAUUCAUAUUAUUCCUGCUGAAAAAAAUCCAUCUGAACCAAUUCAAUAUCAAUAUGUGGCAUCAGGUUCAUCAGAAAGAGGAACCCUGCAUUAUCCACCAAAUAGCAUACAUAUAAUACAAACAGUUCCUUCAUUGAUAAUGUCUAACUCAAUCAUAGCUACCUUAGAUGCCAAAAAUCAAACUGACACUCGUAAUAAUCUAUUGCAUAUAAUAACAUCUCAAUCAACUGGUGGUACUAUACGUAAUGUUCAAUUGGUGAGAAAUGAUUCAUCAUCAGCAGGUGCUGAGAGCUGUAAAACUAAUAUUUCUGCUACCAGUACUAAUAAUUCGAUCAACUCUUCACCUCCACUCUCUGAUCAGCAAAUACGUGUACUAACACCUUCUGAGAUUAUGCGCACACUCCCAUCCCUGGGCCAAGAGACUUAUGACCCUGUGGACCAAGAUAAAAUGAUGUCUCAGCAGAGAACAAGAGAAGCUGAAAAUGAGCGCCAGUGGAAACAGCUUCAAGCGAUGCGACAGCAGCAAGCUCAAGCUGUUCAACAACAACAAGUAGUACAAGAUCAACGUGGGCAAGUUUAUCAAAGAGUACCUGUACAACAGAGAAAUUUAUCAAUCGAUACUAAUCAAUUUGGCAAUUCUGAUCAACAAGUAUUAGUGCACACUUCACAUUUAGCUACUCAAUUACAAGUAUCAACAAAUCAGGAUGGUUCACUUACACCUCUGCAAAGUCCCAGUAGCAUUACUUCUCAACAGCAAUCACGGUCACCAUAUCCUUCACCAGUUUUAAAAGUAACUCGAGUUGUUAGUCCGGCAUCAGCUUCACCGUCUCCCCAAUAUACUCGUGCUCAACCAACACCAGGAUCAACUGAUUUAUUUAGUCCACCAAUAUCUACUAGCUCAGUAGUUCAGCAACAAAGAAGUGUGCAUUUUAGUCCUACAUCUCCACGUGCCCGAGAAGAUGUAUUUUCAUCACCCCAAGCUAAUCAAGAAAUGACUAGACAUUUAAGAGAAUUAUUGCAACGUCAACAAUUUAAAAAAGAUCUCCCAACUGAUCAACGAUUAUGGAAUUCAGAAGAAUCUCAAAAUCAAGAAUUAAAUACACAAAAUGUGCAAAGCCAAGAUUUUGAUGCAUCACCUUCAUCAGGGCCAACUUUUCGUCAACCAUUACCACCUAGUGCUGUUAAAAUUCAACGUAUGCCUUUUCAGCAAAUGGGUGCUCCAAAUACUCAAAUGAUUAUUCGUCAACGAGUGACAGAUCCUAAAUUUCAGUUGUUAGAUCCACGAUUCCGGUUAUUGAUUCAACAACAGAGAUCUACUACAGGAGGAGCAGCUGUUGUUAAUAGUAAUAUGAAUUCAUCUCAUUUUAAUAACAGUGGUAUUAAGAGUCCUAUUACACAACAAGCUUUGACACAACAAAAUACUAGAGCUUAUGAAAUAAUACAACAUUCUCAACAACAUUUUUCAGAUACUAGUGAUAAUAAUGUGGAUCAGAAGUACACUGGUAUUAAUGAGGUUACUUCAGUUAUGUCUGAUCCAAAUUCAAUAACUCAAAACACAUCUAUGGAUAGACAAAAUAAUGUUUUGCAACAGCAAAAUCAACAAAAUUCAAUGAAAUGUGCUGAUACUAUUGAUAGUAGAAAUGAAGAAAUGCCUGAUGGUGUUAGUGAAGAAUUAGAAAAACUACAACAAGAAGGUGACAGUCACAAUAUUGGUGAAGUUGAUGGUGUUAAUGCUCUUUUGGGUGAUUUAGAUGAUGAUGAUGAACUCUUGGCUGAAAUGGGAGCUGAUUUCAAUAUACUUGAAUAUGCUGAUCCUGAAUUGGACAAUCUAGAUUGUGGUAAUAAAACAAAUAUUUUGUAUGAUCUUGUUGAUGAUGAGGAAACUAGUAAAAGUACCCAUAACAAACCUGUGUCAAAUGAUAAAUCCACCGAUGAGAGAGAUAUUAAACUUAAAGAAGAAACAGAUGGCUUGCAGAGACUAAGUAAUUUGAAUGAUAGAAAAAAUGACAAUAACGUUCCUCAGACUUUAAGUAUUGAAAAAUAUGAACAAGAAGUACCCCAUUCACCAAAAAUUGAAAAUCCUUCAAAUGUUGGAUCACAUCUUCAAAUGAAUCAAGAACAAAAUAGUCAGCUUAAUAAUGUGAUGCAAAAUAGGGAAACAAAUGUUAAUUUUAUGGCUAACUUUUCAGGAGAUAGCAAUCAAUCUUUACCUAAAAUUGCUACUAUUGCAUCAGGUUCUGUACCACAACAGCAGCGAUUAUUACAAAUGCAGAGAACAAUGGUACCAAAUCGUAGUAUAGGUGUGACCCCACAAAUUUUACCCCAAGGAAAUUCUCAAGUUCGGCAAUUAGCUCCACCACCACCAUAUCCUGGACCUCCACCUCCAUAUCCAGGACAUAAUCAAGAGCAACCUUUAUUAUUAGAGGAAUUAUUAGAGCAAGAAAAGCGUGAACAAGAAAAAAGACAAAAUUCUGAUUCAUCAAAUGUUGUUAGCAAUGUUUCAUCAUCAGGUUCUACUCUUCCUGCUUUGAUGAGUGAUGCUGAUUUUGAGCUAUUACGUGCUGAUGUUAUGAAUUCAUCAACUAGUAGUAAUGCAAUUGCUUCCCCACCUAUAAUUCAGCAUGGUGGUGCUUCUGGAGUUUUACAACAUCAAAUUAGUGACCAAUUGCAAAUGCAAAGACAAACAUAUGUGCAAAGACCUACACAGCCUUCUCAAAAUUGGAAUCAAGUUCAACAAAUUCAAGGUCAGUCUGGUGUUAAGCAACAAUUUUCUGAGCAGCCUUUAAAAGUUCCAAUUUUUAAUGCUCCAGUAUUGACACCACCUCCUCAACCACCAGAUGUAAUAGCUACAGAGCAAGAUAGACAAUUACAGCACACAUAUGAAGUGUGGCUAAAUGAACAAAGUAAUAUAGUUACUAAACAAUUAAAACAUUAUGAAAGUGAGGUUCAAAAGUUGAGAAAAAUGAAGAAAAGUAUGAAUAGUAAACAAAGAGUAGCUCGAAAACAAGGCAACGAAUUGUCAGAUCAUGAUACAAUAGAAUUGCAACGUAUAACUGCUGAACAACAAGUUUUACAAAAAUUAUUGGAAACUAGUCGUAAACAAAAUAAACAGCAUAUGGCCAUUGUUCAGGAAUACAAAAAUAAACAUCGUCCAGCUACUGCAGAAAGUCCACAAUCUCCUAAUGUUAUGAUGUCCCCUAGUUCAACUGGUUCAAUCCAUCAGCAACAAAAUUCUAUGUCUCCACACAAUACUAUAACAACUCCACUGUCUCAGUGUGAUGAAAACCCAUACAGUCCAAAUAAUCCUCAAUCGUUACCAUCACCUAGAGCGAGUCUUACUUCACAGAUUCGUAAUCCAGGACAAUCUAGUCCACGUCUUUCAAAUUUAAGUCCAAGUAAUCAAGAUCAAUUAUCAAGACAUCCCGGAAUGACACCUAUAAGAUUUGUACGUUCCCCAGAUGGCUUAACAUUAAGAGCACGGCCAACCCUUGUAUCAUUACAAGGUCAAAUGCCAUCUGCAAAUACGUCAAAUACAUAUCAGGGUUCUAAAGUUGUAACAAAUGUUACUAUAAGUCAGAAUUCUCAAGUUCAACAGUCUCAACCACGUCUAACCUUCCAACAAUUAACUCCUCAACAACAACAGCUUAUUUUGCAAAGGAAACUAGCUCAAAAAGCCAUACUUAUUUCUCAACAACAACAAGAACUGAGUAGUUCAUCAAACCAAGAUCCUGUUGCUGUACAACAAAGACAAAUGGUGUUAUCGCAGCAUAGACAAUUAUUACUUCAACAAAUUGAGCAAAUUCAGAAACAAAUGAAUGAUGGACAACAAAACCAACAACAGAGACAAAUACUUGUUCAACAAGCUGUUGUGGGUAGCCAAGACGGUAAAACAGAACUAACACCUCAACAAAGACAACAAAUUGUUAUUCAAAGGCAGAAUAUAAUACUUCAACAGCAACAACAAUUUCAACAGUUGCAACAACAAAAUAUUCCUCAGCAACAGCAAAAUAUUUCUCAGCAACAGCAAAAUAUUACACAGCAACAGCAAAAUACUCCUCAGCAACAGCAAAGUAUUCCUCAACAACAGCAAAGUAUUCCUCAGCAACAGCAAAAUGUUCCUCAGCAACAGCAAAAUGUUCCUCAGCAACAACAGUUUCUUCAGUCUCAAAAUAAUCCAAAUCAACUACAUAUGCAAACACAAAAUAGUCAAAAUGCAAUACAAUUAUCACAACCACAACAGCAAAUUCUUCAAAAUAAUCAAAAUCAAAUGCAUUUACCAUCUCAAAAUAGUCAAAGUUCUGUUCAACCACAACAACAAAUACAAUCUCAGCAUCAACAAUUACAGUCUCUUCAAGUGCAACAACACCAGUUACAGUCACAACAAAACCAACAACAGCAAAUUCAAUCUCAUCAAGUUCAACAGCAAAACCAACAACAGCAAAUUCAAUCUCAUCAAGUUCAACAGCAAAAUCAACAAAUGCAACAACAACAAGCUCAUCAAGUUCAACAACAAAUUCAACAAAUGCAACAACAACAAGCUCAUCAAAUUCAACAACCACAACAACAGCAACAGAUGCAACAAAACCAGGGUCAGAAACUGUUUCAACAUCAACAGCUUCAGAUACAAUUAGCCAAGCAGCAACAUAUCAUGGCUCAGCAUAAUGCUCAAAUUCAGCAAAAGCUAGUACAACGUUCUCCUCAACAGCAAAAUAUGAUGCAAGCUCAGUUGUCUCCACAGCAGCAGUCUGUUUUAUUACAGCAACCUCAACAACAAAUAAUCAAACAAGAACCAGGUGAAAUUGUUAACCCAAAUAUAUUGCGACAGCAGCAGCAGCAACAACAACAGAUAUUGUUGCAACGACAGCAACAAUCGAGAUUUCUUCAACAACAACUUAUAUCACAAGGAAAAGUUACAAGACAGAUUGUUCAAUCUCAACAACAAUCUCCAAUACAUCCACCACAAAGUCCAAAUCAGCCACCAUUAUCACCAAUGCCACAGAGUCCUGUUCCAAAUAAUCAGCAAUAUUGUCAACCUAAUAGUCCAAUGAUAUCAGCACAGUCUCCAAUGCUGUCACAAAGUCCACAACAAUUUCCACAGCCUGUUCAGUCUCCUAAUUCUGUACAGUAUACUCCAAACUCUCCAAUGCCAUCUCAAAGUCCUAGACACAAUCAAUUUGUUCAAUCUACCACCUCUCCAUUGAUGCCACAAAGCCCAAUGCUUCAAACAUAUGCAAAUCCACCAGCAACUUCACCAUUUACUCAACCUCCACCUAGUUCACCCAGCCCAAGACCAUCACAAAGUCCUAGAAAUAACCUUGGUCCACCAAGUUCUCCGAUGAGUCCAAUGCAACAGAACCCAUAUAUCAGACCAACAACAAGUCCAAUGUCUGCUAGAAGAACAAAUGUAGGUAGCAGUCCAUUAAUGACUGAUCAACAACAACAACAGCAGCAGCAACAAGAGUUAAGAGAAGACAUAAAUGUUCCAUCUGAUGGAUAUCAAUAUACUAAGUUAGGACUUCGAGGUGGAAAGAACUUUAUUCCGCCUAAAGAUUUUUAUUACUCUAAGUUAGGCCUUAGAGGUGGUGUACCAAUGUGGAGUACAGGUAGGCAGUUUGUUAAUAAAGAUACACAAGAUGAGGUUACCAGAAGUGUAUUUAAAAGCAAUGAUAUGCCUUUAAAUGCUAUACCAGUAUCAAAAGUAUCUUCAUUAGUUUCUUUAGAGUAUGGUGAUUCUGACGAUGAGGAAUCUAGAACACCUCCUAUAACAACAUCAUCACCAUCUCCCUUACAAAUAUCUAAACAAAAAGAAGCUCCAGAAGGAAUUAAUACAGAUCCAAUGAUAAUAUCUACAUCACCAAAAAAUGAAGAAAAUCGAAAUCUGCCUGUUUAUAAAGAUGUUAAUUUAUUAGAUAACUGUAAAAAAGAUAGUUCUGAAUUAGAUGAUCUACAAAUGAUAUCAACUAUACACAUGACUAUGGACCCUGGACAAAUAUCAUUGAAUUCUAGUAGAGUUGGUGAAGAACUCUUAGAAAUUGAUAGAGAAAUUAAUUCUCCAAGUCUUCUAUUAAAUGAAAAUGAUGAUAGUAUACUUGGUGGUUUACCAAAAGAUGAGGCUUCAGAAAUGAACCGAUUAAUGUUUUUUGAUGAACUUGGAGAUAGUAUUAAAUGUGAUCAAGAAGAAAAGAGUGGUUCACCAGAAAAACCGGUUUUUAAUUUAGAUAAACUUCUUAAUGAUCCUGAACCUCUUGCUAAUAUUCAAGUUGACACUAAUAGAUCUGAAUUUCAUAAACAAGAUUCUAAAGAUUCAUCCCAAGAAAAAGUAGCGGAGGAAAAAAGAAGUAGUGUAAAUCCAAGUUAUUCGUUUCAUUCGUAUGCUAAAAUUCCAAAAUCUACCCCAUCUCUACAACAAUCAGUGGUUACACCAGUAUCAUCUCCUCCACUAAAAAAAGAAAAUCAUGUUGUGUCAGUUUUAAAAACUGAUCAGACAGAAGAAUUCAAAAAAGUUACUGAUUUACUUCGAUCUCAUGGUACUGCUCAAAAUAAAAACAUUAUAAUUCUUAAUCACUCGGAUACACUCAAAGAACAACACAUAAGUAAACAAAAUGUUUUACUGGCAAAGUCUGAAAAUCUUAAAAAUUCUGAUUUAGCACAAAUAUUGAGUAACAUUAUGUCACCAAAGCAAAAAGAUGGCUUCAUUAAAAUUGAAACAACAAAAUCAGAUGACAAUAUAAAACAUUCUACGAUUGUUUUGCCUACACGUACUACUUCAGUGCUGCAAAGUCCAUCACAAAAUUUUCCCUGGGAAUCUAUUACAUCAUAUACAACCACAACUUCUUCUUCAACACUUGCUAAAUCAAUUCAAAUAAUAUCUAAAUCUGAAGAAAAAGAAUCUAAAACUUUUUCUCAGCUACCAAUAGUAACAAGUGCUUCUAAACAAGAUGUUCGCACUCCAAAAAUUGUUGAAGAAUCUCAAAAUGUUUUAUUAAAACAACUUCUUCAAAAUACUGCUUGUGCAAAUCAAACACCAACAUCUAAUGCGAUUAGUUUACCGAUUGUGCCUUCUCUUGAAGCUCAACUUGCUAGACCAGUUUCUCCGACUCCCCCAUUAUUGUUUCCAUCCCUUCUUUCACCUAAAAAGGAAGAAAAUGAAUCAUCUAAUACUCAAGUUUCAAAAGCAGAAUCAGAAUCUCCAAAAUCUACUAAUAUUAUAACACAACAGUCAGAAAUUUUAAUUUCAACUACUCAAUCUUCUACUUCUCUUAACACAUUACCAUCGCAGCCACAACAGCAAUCACAAUUACAAACACAGUCUAAUAAUCGGCCUGAUUUACAACAAUCAUUACAAACUCCAUCUCUUACAAUAUCACAAAGUCAAACACAGCCGCAGCUAUUAACACAAUCACAAUCUCAAGAUCAGGUACAAAUCCAGUCAUUACAAUCACAAACACUAGUACAAUCAAAAUUGCAGAUAUCAGAUAAAACAUUAACUCGCCCACAAACUCAAUCACUUCCAGCAAGAACUCUAGCUACAACAGACUCAAUUAUGGAAUCUAUAAAUGCAGCAAUUAAACAAGAACAAUCUGAAGAUGAUAAUAAGAUUGAAGUACCUGUAUCAGCUACUAGGUAUAGCCCUGAGAAAGAUGUUAAAAAAGAACUUAUGUCAUCAGAUGAGUUAAUCUCACCUCAAAAUUCUACUCGAAAUGUCGAUCCCACAGACAUUGGAAAUCAAAUUAAUAUUCCAAUAGAUAUUAUGAAUGUAGACCCUCAAGAUCAAAAACGAAUUAAACGUAGACAAUAUUAUGCCAAACGUAGACAGAGUCAGGGUAAAGAUGUGAAUUCUACAGUUAUUCCAAAAAAACGUCAUAGAAAAGGUUCAAAACCUGAUGAAGAUUAUGAUUCAUUUAUUGAUGUUCUUAUGUCACAACUUCGUCAACUUCAACCAAUGAGUGUAAUUGAGCCAUCUUUAAAUCAAAAUUUGACAGCCUGUCCUGUUUAUGGUAUUGGUGAUAUUGCUAACCAAAAUGAUUUUAAAAAAGGAGAUUUGAAAGGUGAAAUGGGAUUGUCUACUUUAUCAGGUGAAAGUGAUUAUUAUAAUACAAAACCUUUUGGCGAUUUAUUACCUGUAUCACCAUUACCACAACCAUCAACUCAAAGAGGAUUUUAUAAUGAAGAAUUUAUUCCUCUUAAAUUUGAGUCUGAUAAUGACGAAAAAAAGUUUGAAGUUGGGCGUGAUCGAGAUGAUACACCUGAUACAAUAAUGAGUUCUUCUUCACCAGAAUUGGUAGCAUGUGAAACACCACCUCAUUAUCCUGGGCUAAAAUGUUUUGAUGAUGAUAGUGAUUCAACAGAUACUUUGUUAAAUUUUACACGAAAUAUGUCACCUGUUCAUCAGCUUGUAGCACCAUUAGCUCUGAAACCACGACCAAACUACAAAUUUAGUAUAGAAGAUGAUAAAGAAAAUCAAGGAGGACGACCUAGCUCACUAACUCAAGUGGGAAAAACACCCCCACGAACAUCCCCCGUUCUACCAUUAAGAGACUCAAAUACCAUGACAGUUACAUUAACUAUAACAUCUGAAGCAGCUGAUGAUAUAAUUGGAGUUCUACAGGGUUUAGCUACUUUACUUGAUUUACCUGAUAUUACUAAUUAUAAAGUCACUGAAAGAAGUGUUACACCUAUGUCUCAUAAAUUGGGACUCUAUAGGUCUAAAACUAAAGAUGGGAAAGAAGGAACACCAAUAGACAUUCAGACUAUUUUAAAUGGCUUUGCCAAAUUUUGUCGUCAUUGUGAUUUAGUAAUUUUGAAUAAUUUAGUGAAGAAAAAAGCUAGUGAAAUUCCAUUUUUAAUUACUGAAGAAUGUGCUGAUGAGAUAUAUUUUUGCAGUACUCUUUGUUUUCAAACGUUUGCUUCAUUAUUAUGUCCACCUUCAGAGUCUAAAGAUAAGGCCAUAACAAUUGUAAAUCAUUUGUCUGAAGGUUCUCCUCCUAAACGUUUGAAAUCUGACUGUGAAAGUAGGGCUAUACUAGAAACUGAAAUAGUUGAAAAAAUGGAUAUUGAUGAGCCUAUAUUAAAUGAAGAUGAAAACAAAAAUGAAGCCAUAAUUGAUGAUGGAAAGGCAACAUUUAAAGGAACCAUUUAUAGACGUUGGAAUACAAGUAGUGUUCCUGCUCCUUCUACUAAGCAUAAAAAGACAACUGAUAAAGAGUUGAUGGAAAUGCUAUUUCGUAUGGGUAUCACAGUUAUAUCUCCAAAACAACCAGAAGACAAACGAAUGUGUUUAUUUUGUCACCAGCUUGGUGAUGGUGUAUCUGAUGGUCCAUCUAGGUUGUUGAAUUUUGAUGUUGACAAAUGGGUACAUUUGAAUUGUGCUUUGUGGUCGGAUGAUGUGUAUGAAACUGUUAAUGGCGCCUUGAUCAAAGUUGAUAUAGCUUUGCGUCAAUCUCUUAGUGUAGAAUGUAUAGUGUGUCAACGACCUGGUGCAACAUUAAAAUGCUUUAAACAUCGCUGUUCAUCAAAUUAUCACUUACCUUGUGCUGUAAAAGAUGAUGCUGUAUUUUACAAAAAUAAAACACUGUAUUGUAGUGGUCAUGCUCCAAAGAGUGAUAAAGAAAAUGAACUCACGACAUUAUCAGUUCAUCGUCGAGUAUAUAUUGACAGAGAUGAGAAUCGACAAGUUGCUGCUGUAAUGCAUCAUUCUAGUUCUCAUCAAUUUUUAAUCCGUGUUGGGAGUUUAACUCUUCUAAAUAUUGGACAAUUAUUGCCCCAUCAACUAAAUGCUUUUCACACGUCAACUGCUAUUUAUCCAAUUGGUUUCAAAGUGGUAAGAUUGUUUUGGAGUAUGAGAGUGCCAAAUAAGCGUUGCAGAUACAUUUGUUCUAUUCAUGAAAUUAACGGUCGUCCUGAGUUUAGAAUUGUUAUUCAAGAAGCUGAUCAUGAAGAUUUAGAGUUAAAAGAUUCAAGCCCUAGAGCAGUCUGGUCUAGAGUUCUAUCAGCCAUAGCAAGUAUGAGAAUUGCUAAUAACAUUUUGAAACUCCACCCCCAGCAUGUAAGCGGUGACAGCCUUUUUGGGCUUACUGAACCAGCUAUUGUAAGAAUUUUAGAAAGUUUACCAGGUGUUGAAACACUGACUGAUUAUCGUUUCCGUUAUGGACGUAAUCCACUUUUGGAAUUACCUUUGGCAGUUAAUCCAAGUGGAUGUGCUCGAUGUGAGGGUCGCCGAAGAGUAGUUUUACCAGGAAAAUUACGAUCACACAUACCUCGAUCAUUUACUUCUUCUCAUGGAUCAUCCUUACUUAGUCAACUAGAUCUAUCAGCUCCUCCAACAUGCCCUUAUUCUAAACAUUUUGUUCAUUCCAAGUCAUCUCAAUAUAAAAAAAUGAAGCAGGAAUGGAGAAAUAAUGUUUAUUUAGCCAGGUCAAAAAUUCAAGGUUUAGGAUUGUAUGCAGCACGAGAUCUAGAAAAACACACUAUGGUUAUUGAAUAUAUUGGUGAAAUAAUUCGUUCACAAUUAUGUGAUUAUCGAGAAAAAUUAUAUGAAGCCAAGAAUCGAGGCAUCUAUAUGUUUCGACUAGAUGAUGAUAGAGUGGUCGAUGCAACCAUAUCAGGGGGUUUAGCCCGUUAUAUUAAUCAUUCGUGUAACCCAAACUGUGUAACUGAAAAAGUGGAAGUUGAUAGAGAACUACGGAUUAUUAUAUUUGCUAAACGUAGAAUUGCUAGGGGCGAAGAGUUGGCAUAUGAUUAUCAGUUUGAUAUUGAAGAUGAUCAGCAUAAGAUCCCUUGUAAUUGUGGAGCACCAAAUUGUCGCAAGUGGAUGAAUUAAAAAAAUUAUGGCCAUAUAAGUAUUUUACCAUUUUUUUUGUACCAUAUUGCAAUAUAAUAUUAGUUAUAAUUACUGUUAUAUUAUGUAAUGCGUCUAUAAAUUAUACACAAUUACUG